GAAAGAAGGCAUGUGAUUGGCUGGAUACACAGAGGGGCGGGACAGGGAUUGCUGCUCAUUUCUCAGACGGUUACAGACAGCGGCUUCAGGAGUUCCGGUGCUGGGAAAGCAAACAGUGCCGCCUGGUUCCGCAUCCCAGGGAGCCCAAACCCGGAUUUGCAUCCUCCACUCCUCCCGGGGGAACUUCCUGUGUGGCUCCUGUAUAACCUCCAUCCCUCCCAUAGAGGGUUCUGUCAGCAGGGGGAUCAGAUCACAUGACUGGGGGGCCCCUAUAGAGAGCACAACCCCAGAUUAACUGCCAUCAGGAAGGGCUCCUAUUGCCCCAGAGCUGCAGUGAGCCAGAAGGGCAGAAUGGAAGCCGGGGAGCCCCAGGACUGUACCUCCUGGUUACCUGAUGAGUUGGCAUUGCGCAUCCUCUCGUACCUUGAUGCCAAGGAUAUCCUGCAGGUGGCGCAGACUUGCCAGCGCUGGAGAGAGUUGGCACAAUAUGAUUCUCUAUGGUGUGAAAAGUGCAAGGCUGAUGGGAUUGAGGAGCCGCCGCAGGUAACAAGGAGCAGGGCUAAAGGCUCUAGGCCCCGCCCCUGGAAAAGCGCUUACACCAAUCAGCUCAGGGUCGAUACCAACUGGCGCCGAGGGAGAUUCAGGACAAUCACACUGGAUACAAGUGAGUCGGGUGUGGAUUUCCCCUGGACCUCUGAUGGGAAGGAAAUGAUUUGUAUUGUAAAUAAAAAUGCAAUAAAGAUCUGGUCCACAGUUACUGGAAAACCCAUACGGGCCCUUGUGGGACACACAGACAAAAUUUUAACAUUACGAAUGAGAGAUCACAUGAUUGUUAGUGGAUCCUUGGAUCAUACAGUAAAAGUAUGGAAUGCAGAGAGCGGGGAAUGUAUCCACACGCUGGGCGGCCAUACUGGCGCUGUGUCACACUUAUUUCUCCAUGGGAACAGGGUAGCGAGUGGGUCAUGUGACGACUCCAUCAGAAUCUGGGAUAUUGAGACGGGGCAGUGCCUACACGUUCUCAUGGUGGAUAUAGACUUUGAUUCAUAUAUUAACUAUGAUGGUCGAUGGGUGAUCAGUAUGAAUGACGGAUCCAACCUGAAAUUCUGGGACCCCGAAACACAGAGCUGUUUGCGCAGUUUCCCAAUUCCCAUGGUUGUCGUCCAUCACACGGAGCUGAAAGGCUCGCGGCUCUUACUGGUCACUGACGACGGCACAAUAACCGUGUGGGACACUGACACAGGGCGGCGCAUCCAAACAAUAACGGAUCUUCAGACCUACAUAUCCGCAGUAUCACUGAGGGCCAAUAUAUUCAUCUGGGGAGAUAAGGGCCUUCCUGCUGGUUUUGACCGGAAGAGAUUUCAGCGCUACGUGGAAAAUGUGCGACUCCGCAGUCACUUUGACUUGAGCAACACUGGGUUUGGGCCGGUGCCGCUCUGGGGUUUGUGGUGGGGAAUGGGUUGGGAUGAGAAUGCAGAGAAUUAUUUGCGAGGCUUGAUCAGAAGACACAAAUUCAUGCACUUUAUCAUGUUCUGUCGUACAAAAGUUAUCUGCAUGAUUGAGGAGAGAUCUAGUGAAAUGAUUAAAGUGUUGGACUUUAAUUGGGAGAUUAAAGUUAGAUACUGA